CGGUCACAACAGUCAGUAUGUCACGGAAAAAUGUUUUGAAUCUAUUAAAUACUGUCGUUGGCAGCACGUGUAAAUGUCCAGCACAUUCCAGUGGUUAUGGAUCCAGUGUGGCUGCUGCCCAAACUGGCAAAAAGGAAUACGCAUUUGAGAUGUCCUCAUCGACCGUACGCUUCGGACCCGGCGUCAGUGCUGAACUAGGAGCUGAUUUGCGUAAUGCCGGUGCAAAAAAUGUUGCUGUGAUCACUGAUCGAAAUGUUGUGAAAUUGGCUAGUGUUAAGACAGCUUUUGAUUCGUUGAAAAAAUAUGGCAUCGAAUUUGAUGUUUACGAUCAAACUCGUGUAGAACCGACCGAUGAAAGUUUAAAGAAUGCUGUUAAAUUUGCACGUUCCAAGGAAUUUGAUUGUUUUGUGGCAAUUGGUGGUGGUUCCGUCAUUGAUACAUGUAAAGCUGCCAAUUUGUAUUCCUGCGAUAAUGAAGCGGAAUUUUUGGAUUAUGUUAAUAAACCCAUAGGUAAGGGUAAAGAAGUCAAUGUAACCCUGAAGCCGUUAUAUGCAUUGCCUACUACCACCGGUACUGGUUCCGAAUCGACUGGGGCAAUUAUUUUCGAUUACAAAAAGCUGCAUUGUAAAACUGGUAUCUCAAGUAAAUAUUUGAGACCAAAAAUGGCCCUAAUUGAUCCCUUGCAUGCCCUUUCCCAACCGGAAAGAGUAACAGCCUAUAGUGGCUUCGAUGUAUUCUGCCAUGCCUUGGAAAGUUUCACAGCCAUUGAUUAUAAAGAACGUGAAAUGCCCAGCGAUCCCAGUCUACGCCCGGUGUAUCAGGGACGUAAUCCAAUUUCCGAUGUUUGGGCCCGUUACGCCCUAACGACCAUACGUGAUAAUUUCAUCGAUGCCAUUUAUCAACCUGAUCAUUUAAAUGCACGCUCCAAAAUGCAUUUGGCCUCAACAAUGGCCGGUGUUGGUUUCGGUAAUGCUGGUGUACAUUUACCCCACGGUCUGUCAUAUCCCAUAUCGGGACGUGUCCGCACCUUCUGUCCCAAUGGUUAUGACAAAGAUCACCCCAUUAUACCUCAUGGGUUGUCUGUGGUAAUAACAGCACCUGCUGUUUUUGAAUUUACCGCACCUGCCAUUCCCGAACGUCACUUGGAAGCCGCUCAACUUUUAGGUGCUGACAUCAGUCAAGCGAAAAAGGCCGAUGCUGGCCGCAUUUUAGGUGAUUGCAUUCGUGGUUAUAUGCAAAAGGCUGGCAUUGAAAAUGGUCUCAAAGGUCUUGGCUUUAAUUCGAGUGACAUUCCUGAUUUGGUUGAGGGUGCUUUGCCACAACAACGUGUCUUGAAAUUGGCUCCAUUCGAACAAUCUCGUGAUAAUUUGGCAACAAUUUUGGAAAAUUCUUUGGAAGUUUAUUAA